GGCGACUGUCCCACCCCUGUAGGUACUUACCGUAGCUGUGUACCUGUACCUAUUUACCUAAAUGUGUUUAAAUUUUCAAAUCUCAUUGCAGUCGUCCUUAUCGAUUUGUUUACUGAAAUUAUUUAUAAAUUUACUCUAAAGUUUUUUGUAAACUUGAGACAUUAUACCUAAUAUUUUAUAUAAGAAAAUGGUUACAACAGCUGAUUCAUAAUUAUUUGAUGGCCAAGAAAGCCGAGAAUCAGUCAUAGUCACUGUUACAAGUCUAUUUAUUCACUGUAAUAAUUAAUAAGUGAAACUAACUAAUAAUAUGACUUCGGCAUCGUCCAGUAGCGCACGAUCUCUUUUUGCUGAAUCUAAACAAAGACUGGCGGAGCGAGUUCAAGUCAACAUGAACAACAUAGCAUCACUAGCAAGACAAAUUCAACGAGGCUCCAAAUCGAAUGAACUCCUCAUGAAAGCAGCAAGAGAUACAGCAGCUACAGAAAUACUUAUGGAAAGCAGUGAGCAAAACUUGAAGAAAAUGCAACUUAUUUCUGUUCACAUGGGCUAUCAAUAUGAAAGCAUACUUAAAUCAGCACAAGUUUUGAAUGAAGUUAAAGAACAGGUUUCAAGUAUGCAUAGAUGAGAACUUUGUCAAAUCAUCAUCUCAAGUUAAUUUCUUGUUAUGUUAUGGUGACUGAUUUUCCUCACAAAAGUAUUGUAAUUUAAUAAGUAUAUACUUGGGUGUUGCUAGAGAAUGUGGGUGGAGAUGAUCACUUAACAUCACUCACCAGGUGACCCAUACACUUGUUUGUGACUACAAAAAAUAAAAGAGGACUCUCUUUUAUAAAAAAUUUAAUAGAAUACUUUCUUAUUUAUUUUAAAGACUUCAUUACAUAAUUAAAUUAUAUUUAUUUAAUUA